AUGGCAAAUGCCAGCACCCCGCCAACUACCCGGCGUCGCAUACCGUCCGAGUGGCAGGCAGGAGUCGCAGGACAACUGGGAAUUCCCACCGUAUCGGACCGAUCACCAGGUUCUGACCUUGGAAUUCUCCUAGCAACUUUUCUGCUGGAUUAUUUUGGUCGACUCAGCCUCUGGUUGGACCAUGACGACGACGGUCGCAUUCCAGUCGCCUUUCUAGAAUACCUAUCAAAUGGGCAACGGUAUCAAGGAGGAUGGGAUGGCCGGAAACAGAGGUCGACGGACGAUCCGGCGGCGGAUAAUGAUCGUUAUAUCGAAAUGGCUGGAUAG